UGGGUCACUUAGUGCACAUUCAGUUCCAAUUCAAAGCUCAACACAAACCCACACUGUUGGUCGUUGCAAUUUUUGAGGUUGUUAAGGGUCUUCUGUGACUAUGGAUUCUAUUGGAAGGCAGCCUAUCUCUCCAAAAAGAAUUCGGUCCGAUCUCUAUUCCUUUGACAGUGCACAACAAUCAUGGCCGCCCUCAACUCCCUGCAUGCUCUCUGUUUUAUCAUCGCUUUUGGAGAGAGUUGUGGUGAGGAAUGAUAGAUUGGCGGUGUCAAACAGCCUCACUUUCAGCCCAGCUAAGUACGAGGUGUUCAAUGGAGUGGAGGUGCCAGACAUAAGCAUACAACUUUAUUUGGAGAGGAUUUUCAGAUACAUUCGCUGCAGUCCUUCGGUAUUUGUGGUGGCAUAUGCUUACAUCGACCGUCUUGUUCAAUUCCAUCCACAAUUCAAAAUAUCGUCUCAGAAUGUCCAUAGACUUAUCAUUGUUACUGUCAUGGUCGCCUCCAAGUUCGUCGAAGAUAUUAACUACAAGAACUCGUACUAUGCCACAGUUGGAGGGUUCAGCACAGAAGAAAUGAAUAGAUUAGAGAUGGAGUUUCUUUUUCUUCUUGGCUUCAAAUUGCAAGUAACAGUAAAUGUUUUCGAAAGCUAUUGCUGUCAUCUGGAGAGGGAAGUUGCAAUGGGUGGAGGAUUCCAAAUAGAGAGGAGCCUUCGUUUAUCUUGUGCAAAGGAUGAAACUUCCAUGCCGAACCCUAAAUCCCAGAUGGGUAUCUAUGGCUUAUCAUCGUAUAGUCAUAUAAAGAAUAGAAGAGUUUAAACAGUCGUAUGCACUGAUCAAAACCUUGGGUGAAGCCAUAAAGAGCAGGCAAGUCCAAUGGAGGAGGCCAGUAAUUGUAAAUAUGUAAAUUACAUAUGAAAAAGAGCUAUAUUUCUGCUUUGAAUCCCCAUUUAAUAACUUAGAUCUGGGUAUCCAUAAUUUUCACCCAGGACUGAAGCAAUCGGCCAUGUAAAUAGUAGUCUAUAUGUAAAGUAGUCAAGAGAGAUAAAAAGUAAUCUGUAACAACAAUGCUCAAUUUGCCUUUUCCUAAUGAGCUAU